GUGAAGAUUGAAGACACAUUCACAGUCAAACAGGAAGAUCUGCAGGAACAAACAGACUUGGUGGUGCUGAAAGAAGAGACUGAUCAAAUGGAGGAGAAACAGCAGUUAGAGAAACCUCAAGAGAUAAUGACUAAUGAAAAACCCACACUGACUAAAAAGACUUCACGUGGAAGACCUCGGAAACCCAAAACUGGAUGUCAUUUCAGCUGUAAACAGUGUGGGAAAAAUUUCAGUCAAAAGUCAAACCUUGAUGUUCACAUGAGAGUUCACACUAAAGAGAAACCUUACACCUGUGAACACUGUGGAAAGAGUUUUGGUUAUAUACAAGGCUUUAGAACCCACAUGAGAGUUCACACUGGAGAGAGACCGUACACAUGCCAACAGUGUGGAAAAAGCUUCUUUCAUGCAGGAAGCCUUGUGGUGCACAUGAGAAUUCACACAGGGGAGAAGCCUUUCAGCUGUAAACAGUGUAGAAAGAGUUUCAGCCAAAAGCAGAACCUUGACGUUCACAUGAAAGUUCACACUAUGGAGAAACCUUACACCUGCGAACACUGUGGAAAGAGUUUUGGUUAUAUACAAGGCUUUAAAACCCACAUGAGAAUUCACACUGGAGAGAGACCGUACACAUGCCAACAGUGUGGACAAACCUUCUAUCAUGCAGGAAACUUUGCAGUGCACAGAAGAAUUCAUACUGGAGAGAGGCCGUACACAUGCCAACAUUGUGGACAAACCUUCUAUCAUGCAGGAAACUUUGCAGCGCACAUGAGAACUCACACUGGGGAAAAGCCUUACUCUUGCCCUCAGUGUGGAAAGAGAUUUAAGCGAAAUGGCACCCUUGAAGUCCACAUGAGAACUCACACUGGAGAGAGAAUUUUUACUUGCACACAGUGUGGGAAAAGUUUUUCUCAAAAACAAGACCUUGAGAUCCACAUGAGGAUUCACACUGGAGAG